AUUUUCCCCCAUAGUCAUCAAACGAAUCUUUAACGGGCAUUGAGUGAGGCAAAAUGAAUUUACUAAAACAAUGGCAAAGCUCUACACUAUCGUUGCUAAUAUAUUUUGUCUUGGUAACUCCAUCUGUAACUACCAAUGAAACAGAAACGACUACUACUACUACGACUACGACUAAUACGACUGCGACUAAGACGCCGGCGAAAAAGUGCUUACCGAGCGAGGUUCAAACCGUAAACAAAGGUUGUGUUGAUCGUGAAACCUUUCUGGACAGUGUCCUCGUACGUUCAUGGGCCGACGAGAAUCUUGACAAAGCGAAAGAAAAAGCUGGCGUUGAAGGUGAGACUGUGACCUGUGCACCAGGCGAGAUCUUGACCGCCUAUGGAUGUUCCGCCCAAAAGGAACCGCCACGUCGCGACCCUUCUAAGCGCGUGGUCAUUGCACACAGUCAUAUGAAGGGCAAUCAGGUGAUUAAACCUGGACAUGGCUAUGGCGACUUCGACACGGUUGAUACCACAAAUGAUUCUGGGCAUAAGCAACAUAAACGACGAGGAGGAGGACGUGGCAAGCAAUCUGGGGCCGCUAAUGGCCCACGAAUUCUCGGUCACAAUCGUCCACGUCACAGUGUCCAUAUGCCAGGCCGAUUGCUCAGAACAGGACGCCAUUGUCGCCCCAAUGAAGUUUUGGCCAAAAAUAAUCGCUGUAUACGCAAGCGCGGCAAAACUGGCAAAUACACACACCACGAUCACAAAUACGGCUUGCAGCGCAGACAUCGGCAUAAGGGGGGAAGGGGAGGGGAGGAUGGCAUUGGCAAGGGCGAAGCAAUGAAUUCUGAAGAAAGCAAUGCUUAAAUAAACCUGAACAAUUGAUUUUCCAUUGCAACGAAUUGAAUUUACUUUACUCAAAGUGUGCAAAUUAAAGUUUUCAUUCGACAAUUUGCUGUGAAAUUCCUUUACUGACCUUGUUUAUGGUUGGCCGCUCUCUUGUCUCUCUUUCCUUUCUUAUCUCUUCCCGUUACUGUUCAGAACUAAUUUAAUUAAAGCCAUUUAAAAUUUUAUAUUA